CUAAACCCUUGCCGAUGCCAACAGUUAUUCUUCCUACUCUCGAAAUGGCUUGGCGCGGAUCGAUUUCGAGAUCGCUGCUCGCCGCCGCGCGGUCCUCGUCCCCCAGGUCGUCGCCGGCGGUCCCUCGCCUCCGUUCCCAGCCCGCCGCCGCUCCCCGACUCCAACGUCGGCGCAUCUCCUUCUCCCCUCCCCGAUCUUUGGGACAAUUAGGAUGCGCGCAGUCCUUCCUUCCACUUUACAGCGUGGUGGCCGCGCCUCGUCUCACCUCCCACCUGUCGGUCAGCGCGAGAGCGUGCUGCGAGCUCUCUCAGGGGAAAAAUGGAAAAGAUGGUUGAUGCAAGAGACAGAGCGUCAUCCCGGAAGACCACUGUCUAAGCCAAUGCACUUGAAGGAAAUAGGAUCGAUUGGAAUAUUAGCAAGCGGAGGAUUCUUAUUAGGCGAAGUAUGAGAACCGGCUUAUGCACUAAUUGGAAAAUCAGGAUGAACUACAAGUGAUUUUUGCUUGUUUCAUUAGAAUAAUUUCAUAAGUAUGCAAUAAGUGUUACUGUUGCUUCUGGUGAAACAUCAGCCAUGAUAAUUAUGUUACGAUUGUGCCACUUGAAUUUUUUUGGUGGUUUAAUUGGUAUCAUCUGGCAUAAUGUUCUAGUCUCCUAAAUUUGAACUUC